CUCUCUCUCUCUCUCUCUAUCUCUCUCUCUUCAUCUGAGUGAUAAAUCCUGAGGAAUGGGGCUCCUCUACCUGGCAAUAAACAUACCGAAAGCAAUUACGAUAACAUUCUUUCUCAACAUAAUCAGUCAUAUCAGAUUCAUAUUCAUCGGCGCACUCACUCAUCUCGGCCUGUUCAAACCAGCCCCCGAAGAAGAUUCUAAUUCCACAAACAAUUCAAACAACUAUAUCCUUAUCCUCGAUGCUUCCUCCCCUUCUCUUGUCCCUAUCCCUGUUCACGUUGUCACUGCAGCCAUCAAGUUAAGGCUCCCCAUUCUUCCCUACCUUCAUUUCAUUCAACAAUCAGAAGAAGAAGAAUCUGAAUCUGAAUCUGGUGUGCAGAAAGUGUGCACUAUUUGCUUGGAGUGUGUGGAAUUGAAUGAAGAGAUCAGAGUGCUUUGCAACUGCACCCAUUUGUUCCACCGGGUGUGUUUGGACACAUGGAUUGAUCACGGACAGGUCACUUGCCCUUUGUGUAGAUCUAUGUUAUUACCCCCUCGAACUAAUCUUACUAGAUGUAAUCCUAUUCUCAAUUGCUAAUUCACUACAUUUUCCAUCCUUUUUUUGUUUUUUCUUUUUUUGAAGAAGUUGAAGUUGUGCAAUUAUUGCUUCCAAUUUCUUCUUCAUUUUGUUCUGCUCUUAUUACUACUGAUUGAUUAACAUAUAAUUUGUUCUUCUUGGUUCC